UCGGAAGUCUGCGUGGGCUGUGGUUGCUCUUCGCAUGGACGGCGAUGAGUUUGUUGUGAUUGGUACCAUGUCUGGUGCUUUAGUUGACAGUGAUGAAACUUGCAAUACUGUCCCUCGAGCUGAACUUAUGGCUCUGGUGAGGGCAUUGGAAGCCUUGUCUUGGCAUGAUGGGCCUGUCCAAGUUGCCUUUCAUGCGUCUUAUGUGCAAACUACUUGGCAAAAGGUCUCACACAAUAAGCAUGUUGGUAACCCUAAUGAAGAUCUGAAAAUGAGGCUUAGACGGUUGGAUCGUCGCUCUGUGGAGCUGUGCAAGGUUAAAUCACGCAUGAGUCUCCAAGAUCACAUUGACUUGGGUCGUCCGGCUUGGUCCUGGCAUGCUAAUGCUGCUGCAGAUUCCCUUGCUGGGGAAGCAGCAGUGGCCUUUGCCCCGUAUGGAAAGGAUAAGGCUAAUGCUUUCAUUUUAGGACGAGCUUGGCGCUUAAACAAGUGGUUGUUGCCUCGGGUCGGGUGCAAUUUUGGUUGCGUCAGCAGAGUACCUGUAAACUUCCGAAGCAAAGUGAGUCUAGACGCACCAAGGAUGCUUUCCUGUUGUCUCUAAGAAAUAAUCCUGCUGGAGGCCAUGAGUGGGAAUCCUCAGUCAAGGGUCUGUGCUGUUUGCGUUGUGGUAGAAAGUUGUCCAAAUACAAAAGUUUGAGUGAUCUGGAGGUUCUGGUGCAAAUCCCAUGUGAUGGGAUGAGUGGUGUCCGCGGGGUGCAUUAUACUCAUACCAUGUAUGGUGGCACGCGGAAGACCUGCAAUGUGUGUAAGGGAGUUUGUUAUGCGGGGCGACGGAUUAGCAAGAAAUUGCGGCAACCAUGUGGAACUUCCGGAAGAGUCUUGUACAGACGGAGAUAGUUUGGGCUGGUAGUUUGCUUGGAAAAAUAAGCUGAACUUCAGCUGGUUCUGUCUGCGCUCUGCUCUUGAGAGUACUGCCAAGUGCUCCUGUCCGGAAAGAAAGUUUAAACAGAAGAUGA